GGUCACUGUGAAAACUAAAACAAUAUAGUUUAUCAGCCGCAUGACUUCUAAACACUAACAGCUCAGCUGUUUUAGUUUCGUUUUAAGCUGAUUCUGCUCUCACAGACUCAAACCACGACAACACUGAAAAUACUGUGGAACUGACACUUGAGGGCUAAAUGUGACAAUCGUAUCAACUAGGUGAAGAGAAAUGAAGAACCUUCUGCAGGUGACAUUAGCAGAAAUGUCCACGGCAUAUGCAUGCAGUGGCAAUGUUUGCAGACAGAAUGGCUACAGUAAACACUUCUGACAGUGCGCACACCUCCUGCAAGAUCACACCACCGUCUUAUGACCAGCUUCUGUUAAAUAUUAAUCUACAUGUAUUGUUCAGUUCAUCAACACCCUAAAUGAAAGUACACUUUUAUAAGGAAAUGGAAGUACAGACAAACAACGUAAUGCGAGUGUUUUCUUCUUAUCAGUUUCCAUGAAGAGCCUGUCGUGAAGCAGCUGCACAAACUGUGAUCAUGGCCACUAAAUCUCCUCAGGGAGGUUCCCCUGUACAGUCAGAGCUCAGAAUUGUGAUCUUAGGAAACGCUGGAGAGGACAGUAAUAAAGCGAUCAAAUCAGUCCUAAACUGUGAGAAUCUGACAGGAGAGGAAGAUGGUCUGUGUACUUUAUAUAAGAGCGAACAAGCAGGAAGGAAGAUCAGUGUUGUGGAAGCACCAGGAUGGGACAAACUCUCAAUACCAGACAGAAUAAAAGGAGAAAUUGUCAGAAGUGUCUCACUUUGUCAUCCAGGACCUCACGCUUUGCUUCUGGUCAUACCAGUAAAAACUCUCUCUGAAGAAACUUCUGUAGAGGAAAUUAAAGCAGCAGAGACACACAUGGAGUUACUGUCAGAGCGUGUCUGGAAACACACCAUUGUGCUGUUUGUUUGUGAUGAUGGAGAGAAGGAACCAGCAAACAAAAAACACAUUCACAGUGCUGAGAAGAUCCUGGAAAAGUGUGGAAGACGAUCCCAUGUUCUUCAGAAAAGCACUUGUGAGUCUCCCACUCAGAUCCAAGAACUUUUAAAGAAGAUCGAUGACCUGGUGAAGGAGAACUGUGGUGAUUAUUUCUUACCACAAGCUUACUAUGAACUGAUUCAACAGAAGGCACAAGAAGCAUCUGGUGUGACUGAACUCAGGCAGAGACGUGGAAGUGCGGACAAUCCUCCAAACUUGAAUAAAGACAAAGGAGAUUCAGAGGAGAAGAAAGAAACUGUAGAAGCUGCCAAACAUCCAAAAGAUGCAUCAAAAAUCACCAUGGACUUCAGACAGUUUGUACUGAUAUUGAUGGGUGCAGUCGGAGCACUUCUUGGAUCAGUUGCUGGAGCUGAAAGUGGAGUUAGGGGGUCUUUUAUUGGAAUAGUCAUUGGCAUCUUUGUAGGAGUUUUGGUCGCAAGUGUCAUCAUGUACAUUUAUACUAACAUUUAUUCAAAGCAGCCUACACAAAGUACAUCAUAAGGAACUGAAUCAUAAAAAGCUGCAAAGUUGAUCAGAUGCAAGUUAGCUCAUACAUACAGUACAAGUGAAGAGUUCAGAUGCAAAAGCCCCUUAGUACGUCUGACGUUUUUCUUUAAAAUAAGCAUUUCUUUCUGGCUGCUAUGUAUAGGUUUCUGUUUAAGUACUGGUACUUCUGAAUGGUUUGAAGCUGGGAUUUAGCACAUAUGAUGUGAAAGUACUUGAUGAACAUAUAUGUGUGGAGAGCAUUCACUCAGUAUCUUUAUCUCAUUUUUGACAGUGCAGAAUAUUUUAUUUUUUCCUUUUUAAAAUUAUUUUUAAGUAUACAACACAUUUACUAAUGAAACGCUGCUUUCUGUAAUGUUGGAAAACUAGGGUGAAUACUUAAUAAUUGUGUUCUUGUAUAACUAAAUAUCAGCAUUCAUGCUAAAUUAGUUUGCCUUUUUAAUUCUGGCACAGGUUUAGGGUCAUACCACAUUUCGGCAGCUUUAUAAACCUUAUAUUUUUAAAGAUGUACAUUUGAAGAAACUAAAAAGCAGAUGUUUGAAAUGUAUUGUUUGUGCUCAUGGAUUUGCCUGAAGGAGGAGGAAAAGAAGACUCCAGAACAACUGGAAACAGUGUUUUUAUAAACCAGCUUCACUCAUUAUGCGUUCUCUUUGUUUCAUUUUUGUAUUUUUAAAUUGUCUGUUAAUGAUCUUAUACCUGACAGGUGAUUUAUUGGUUUUGAACACAUCAUAAAUAUUUUAUUUUAUUUAUUCAUAUUUAUUUUUUGUCAUGGGGGUUAACAUGAAUGUACAAGCAUGUACUAUAUAAAUAAAAUUGAUUUAGACUAAAAUAUUUUUUCCUUAUUUAGGAUAUUAGAGGUUGUACAGUGAGAUCAAACUAGCAUGGGUCAGUAAACAGAGUUUUGGAAAACAUUCAGUGACAUUCAGUGGCAUUUUGCUGAAUUUU